AACACUUGAUUAAAUGUGGUGUGCCACAAGGUUCUAUUUUGGGACCAUUGCUGCUCUUGCUGUACAUCAACGACUUACCCGAGUGUCUUAAAAAUACAAGACCUCGGCUAUUCGCUGAUGAUACAAACCUCACAGCCUCUAGUCACUCCAUAGCUGACAUUGUGAUUGCAGUAAAUUCUGAUCUAGAAAACCUUAGGAACUGGUUAAUGGCCAAUAAACUUAGCUUGAAUGUGGCUAAAACAGAAUUUAUGUUGAUUGGCUCUCCACAAAUGAUAAGAAAUGCUUCAAAUUCUCAACCAAAUAUUUUAAUUGAAAACAAACAAAUCCAGCAAGUUAAUAAAUCGAGAACUCUGGGAACAACAAUUGAUCAGCAUUUAUCUUGGAAGCCUAAUACCGAAAGUAUUUGCAAAAAAAGAACCGAUCAGGAAUCUCAGCUCUACGUCGUGUCAAACCACUGA